CAAGAACACCUCCACAGGUGGUAAUCACACACACGAAUAAUUUGAAAAUACGUCCCUUUGUGCAAUCUAUUUAUUACAUUCACAUUAUAAAGUUAUCACUGUCGCUUUCGUGAAUAUUAGCAGUGCUUCCAUGGAUUAUUUCUCGCAGUCAUAUUAGACUAGCACCUGUCUACAGUCUUCAACAGAAACUCCAUCCACCCGCCCAUCAGGUCCAGCAUCUACGUCAACCAAGAAUACCAGGAACUUGUAUAACUACACCACUGCUCACCGAGACGAGAAGUUAGUCCAUGUCUUCUCUAGAACGAUGGCUCGUGAACCGAAUCCAGAAGAAGGGGGUCGCCUCUUUGAGCCAGGAGGAAGUCAUUAUGAAUAUUGAUACUAUGCUCAAGAAAUUAUAUUAAGAAUAACACGGAGAAUGAACAAGCUAUCUUCGUGAUCACAAGUACAGAUGAUGAUGAAGUAGAUGAGUUCUGAUGGUUUUUUUUCUUGCAGCAUUGAGCGACUCGCAAAUGCAAACAGCAAGCUGACUACAUUUACAACAGGAGCUGUCAGAAAAUUACUUCUAUUACACCAUGGCUUCUACAAGAAAGCUCUAAGCUGAGUGUCGUCCAUGCUGGCUUGGCAGCAUUCGAAGAAGAAUGGCAAGCGGCGACGAAUAACAAACUGCCAGAUGCCUUGAGGACACAGAUUAUAGAUCGCGUCCAGAAAAAAGAUGCGAGUUCCAAGUAUCAUUUUUUCCCUGCAAUCUGAAUUUUUUCCUUUUUCUAACGCGAAGAAAAUACCUAGUGUGUAUGUAAGAUACUACUUAGCAUUUCCAUCCUCGUCCAUCUGACCACCUCCUUUUACUUUCUAGGUUCUCUGAGGUGGAGCAGGUGCCUUUGUUCCAAAAAGCAGUGGUUUCAGGGGAUGUGGCUCGCGUUCGGGGCCUUUUGGGGAAGAGUGGAACACCAGGGGUCCAGACGUUACUGGCCGCCACUGAUAGCGUUAAGGCUGGGCUUUUCACUAUUCCCUUUGGAAUACUACGACGUCUAGAAGCAAGCGAGUGCGAUUUGCUUCUGCUAGAUGAAUUAUUACAGCAAAGCCGGAUUGCUAAAUGUGAAUUACGACAAAGACCCGAAGGAACACUUGAUUUAGUAUGACAAAAACCAAUGAUUCUAAGCAAAUAAUUUUGACCACGAUGUUCUUCUACAACCUUUGGAAGUCAUCUAAUAUGAGAAAGAAAACCGUAGCUCACAUGGCAGCAAAGGAAGGGUAUGCAGACAUUCUGCAGGUCCUCGCAGAUCAUAGCGCAGAGAUGGGUUCGAAGGAUCGCACUGGACGAAAUCCACUGCACAUUUAUGCGGAUCAUGUUGUGUUGUCAUGAUAUCAUAUCUAGUGCCCAGCGUACGAAAUCUUGAUACCUAUGUAUAAUGUUAUAAAGUAUACUAUAAGCAUCCUGCGAAUGCGAUAUUAAGGAUAUUAACCACGAAUUACGAAGGGGAGUAGAGUAGUAGAGCAGUACCAGUAGAUGUUGAACCAAUCGCACUCAUGCUUAGUUCGUUGGUACUCUUCUAAUUUCGUGCUUGCGAAUACGGUCAGCCAAAAGCAGUGCAAUUGCUUCUGAAGUUAGACGUGCCAGCAGAGGCGGCUGAUGGGUUGGGGCGAAACGCGUUUCAUUUGGCCUGCUGUGGUGACUCGUUGCAGUCGCUCGAAUAUCUGUUAGCGCGAAAGCCGAAGCUGCUUAACUCCCCUGAUCGACAUCAAAGGACAGGGCUAUUCUAUGUUAUGGUGCAUGUGGACCGUGCCUGUCUUUUGCUGUAGUACACAAAAAAUUUUCUACAUCAACUAGAAAAAAUUAGAGCUUAACAUGGGCUAAAAAGUAGGUUUCGGAGUGCUGUCAUAAGAUAUAUGCGAAAAGUAAAAACCCCUCGUCCCUUCCCUACCUUCAAGUAUGCCAUCCUGAACACGCACCAGUCGGGCGCGGGUGAGCUGUUAGCGCAGAGAUUGCUGGAGAUGCACGCCGAGGUAAAUUUUCGGGAUGCUUAUCGAAAAACAGCGCUCCACUACGCGUGCGAAGAAAAUCGAAGGAAGUGCGCCAUUCUACUGCUGAAGCAUCGAGCGGACCCUGCUGUACAGGACGGAAUCAAUCGGAUGACGCCUCUUCAGGUCUGUCAAAGCGAAAGCCUCAAACGUGAAAUCAAGAAGUUCCUUGGUAUUCCGCAAGAUGCUGACGCGGCGGCAAUAAUGGGAGCAGGCGGGGGUACUUACUAAUAACAGAGCAGUUUAUAGCACGCAUGGAGUGCAUGGGGCGCAGAUCCAUAAGGGAAGCAGGAAACGCCCCCUUUAACUCCAUGCGAUCCAUGCACUCCAUGCCAUGCGAGCUGGCAAGCCUUAUAUAUAAACUCCUCGGUAAUAAUUGAAGAAAGAACGUGAAAGGGAGUUGUAAGUAUUACAUGCAGCGCACCUCUGGAAGAUCAUGGCAGCGAGGGGGUAGAUGAAAAAAUUUAGAGAAGAAGACUUUCCAUCAAUGUUAAGUAAGUCAACAUUUGUUUCCCUCUCUCUUAUUAGGAGGAGGCGAUAGUUCCAAUACUGGAGCAGCCUUGGCUAAGGCGAAGACUGGCAAAAGCGUAGAAUUUGAGCCUGCAGCAAAUAUUAUGGUUGAAGACAACACGACUCCACCGUCUCUGACUCAACAAAGUUAACAUCAGAAGCUUGCGGCUUUUGAUGUUUCAGCCAAUAGAAAGCAUCUAACUUGGAGACUUCUCCAUCUUUUCCCGGAUAAUCAUUCUAAGAGGGCGCAUCAACAGGGAUACGGCGAUGGCGUGAAAGUUGAAGCCGCUGUUGCGAGAGCACCCGUUGCCCUCGGUCUGAGCUAUGAAGAGGAGUUCGAAAACAAUAAACCCUGACGGUCUCCUCGUUUUUCUGCACGACGGUUAUCCUAGCUUCGUCAGCCUCGUCUAAUUAUAAAACUAAACAACUCAGUAAAAUAAUUGUCUCAGUCUUCGCACUUGCUUUUUCUAAUUGUCUUUUGCGCAAUUGCGGGAUCGGUUCAUUCGGCUUAUGACGCGCGUUCAAGAAGGCGGCCUGCAACAGUAUGAACACAUUAAGCAGCCUCACCUGUUCACCGCUUCAUGGAUGCAGGAUGUUAGCAGUCAUCAGCAACUUUUAGGUACUUAAUAAAGGUACGUGGUUCAUCUCUCCUAUAUAAUUUCUUUCAAGCUUUCAAGGAUCUCGUGUUGCUUUCAGCAUGCAGAACUUAUGAUUACUUAGGUCAACCAGCUUAAAGUUAAGUGUCUGGACAUCACAAAAACUAGAAGAAAGGAAAAAGUCACACUGUCUGUCUUUAUUGAACAACUACUUAAGUACAUCAAAAUCAAAUAUGAAUCCGCCACCAGGCUUAACCCUAUCUCGCAUAUCUGGUCCGGAAACUGCAAUUCGAGUCUUCAAUCUCCUGAGGCCUCCAAGUCAUUUUCCUGCGGCGCGUGGAGAUGAGCGUGAUAUACUAGCAUACUACGCAACUUAUGGAUCCUCCGAUGACUACUAAUAUUUUUUUUAUUUUUCUUCAUAUUUAUCAUUUACAAUUUCAAGAUCAGUUUCAGUAUUUCUUUUUACUGCUUCCAGUCCCAUGGUAAUCUUCAGAAUGAGAACUGUGGUCUGUUUUCAUCUUUACACUUUCAUCUAAGUUUCAAACGGCGCCAACGAGGAUCAGAACAAGUCUCAGGUAUGGGACGGCGCAGACGACCCUUUUAACCUGCUGAAUGCUACGGCCACCGAGCAAAAGGAGCACGAAUUUUCUCAGGCGCGCAAACAGGAACUUAUACGGGAAAUCUUUGAGCUCCGUCAGCAAAUGGAAAGUCGAGACUGCGCUAAUGAAGAGCUGAAAAAGCGAAAUUCCGAACUAUCGCUUAAAUGCGAAACUUAUCUUUUUAUGCCCACAGUAUGGAUGUUAAAAACAGAAGAUAUAAAUUAUCAUGAAUGUAGCGAAGAAAUUGAAAUCAUUUUUUUAAGUAAUUCGACAAAAUCACAGCAAUUAUAAUUCUUUAUUUCUGUAGCCCUAGCCGCAUGAGACCCUAUUACAACGAUGUGUUUUUUGCUUGACUCUUUUCGGUGGUCCGAGUUGUUUUCAUUUUAUCCCCCGAGGACGUCAAAGGCUACCGCAACGAGCUUGCGCGCCUUCGGGCUGAGAAUACGGAGCUCGACCUGGGAAAGCAAGAUGUAGGUCACAAGUUGCAGAAGGUGGAGAGCGAGGCGCGGAUAUUGCGCCAGGAGAUGGAGCAACAAGCAGCCGCCGCAGGAAAGUUCAAGGCCGAACUAGCCGCAGCCAAAGCACAGCUAGAGAGGGAAAUGACGCGGCAAGGUGAAGAGCUAGGCUGGAAAGCAGUCAAAGACCGCAUAGAAUUACAGUUGGACGAACUGGAAAGAGACAAAGGCCUUCUGCAGGCAAAAGUGAACGAUCUGCAACGCAAAUUGGAAGAGAAGGGUACUACUUACUUUGAACUCGAACAGCGACCACAGCACUGUAAUGUACAAAAUAUUUUUAAUCUGCUGUAUUGAAAUUGAGAUUGACGUAAUGAAAUAUAGUUGGCCAAACAACAAGCUCCACAACUGCAAUUGUUGUUGUUCUCUCGACUACUCAGGAACGCAAAGUUCCGCGGAAUUACAGGCGGAACAGCGCCGACUCGAGCGCAGGGCCCGUGCAGCGGAGGAGGUUGCGGAAAAUGAGCGCCGCAAAGCCCACGCUGCUCAGGAACAGGCAGUUGGAGCGGAGAUGGCAAGGUCCGAGGCCGUUGCUGAAGUCGAAUAUUUGAAAUUAGGUUUCUUAAACAUAGAUGGCGCGUCACUGCUACUAAGUAAACGUAAACAUCAGUAACUACACCUUAUCUUCUCUACUAAGUACUUUCUACUCAUCGACGAACAAAAUCAGGAGAACGUCUGUGAUCUUCUAAUGAAAGCAACGAAAGCGGGACUAGAAAAAGCAGCAUCAGACUGGGAAGCAAAGUAUCGUGCCGUGAUGGGACAACGGGCGCAAGAAAAAUACGGCGAAGUAACGAAGCUGGUGGGACUCGAGCAAGAUGCUUUAGCGAGUCGGGGUGUCACAGGUCAAGCGGUUCAAAUCGGAUACUUAUGGCAAAGGGAUGGAGAUAGAUAUACAGAAUACCGCAUCAUUAAUCCAGAUUUUGAUUUUAUUUGAAGUAGGAGUUGAGACGCAACGAUGAUGAUGAUGAUGAUGAUGAAGUCGGCGACUGUAUCACACGCUGUUCUCGGAAAAUAGUCCCCUCUCCUCACAGGUCUGUCUCCAUCUCCGUCUUUUUCUCCUCACCUUUUCAUGCUUGAGCGCUGGGUCCCACAAUGCAGCAGCCCCGAUGGCCACAGUCAUUGGUGGUCCCGUAGCUGGAGCCGCGGUGGCUCAGCCGGUUAGCCGUAGUUCAUCGAACUCCGGUCCUGCAGGGGGUCGACCGGUAGCAGUGGCAGUCCCUUCUUCCCGGCCUCCUCCGUCUGGAGCCCCGCAGACCCCAGGAUUGUCGACAGCGUCGGUUAUGCUUGGAGAUUUUUUUUCUGCUAGAAGAAAUUCUGUUCCAGGAUUCGUGAUAGCAGCAGCUUCCCAUCGAUCUGAAGAUCAUACCUUGCUUCAUAGACCAUGGCUAGCUUUCAGUGUGCCCAUGCCUUACUAAAUCACUGUCCUCCACCUUCUGGAAAUAGAAAAGCCUCUGUACUGGUCUCGACAUCCACUAAGUCCCGCCAGGCCCCCGUCGGUCUGCAAAAUACAGGCAAGAGCAACGAGAGUGGAACCAUCGUUGGGUUGUCCCCGGCGGGCGCCAUGAGCUCGCUAGGCGGAACCAUCAGGGAUCACGGACUGCAGACAGCAAUGGACACGAUUGAUCGAAACCGUUUGGAGGAUGACGAAUUCGAGAUCGAAGAAGACGACAGUCACAGUAGCAGCACCGAACAAAUCAAGGGCACUAAUAUUACGGCCACUAGUAGUAUGAAGAUGAAGAACAGCUAACAUGGAAGAUCCUAAAAGACUACGCGAACAUGAAGAUCCUAAAAGACUACGGCAUGUUCUUUUAGUCGUUUUCUACUUGAAAACAACUACACGAUGUUCAUCUGGAAGAUGGGUCGUUGGUGGCUCCAACAAGACAGGUGCCGAGGCUUCGACAGCUGGAGGACGGGGCGGCUCCGUUGUGAAUCCUCAAAUCGAGCGAAAGGGUACAGACCUGAAUCUCCACAAGCAACCAGGAUACGUGGAUGCUCCCGCUGCUACUUCCGGGAGCUCGGCAAUGUAUGAAAAAAGGUAGUCUCUUUACCAUCACAGCUGAAAAUAGCUGGACAUGAGUGAUUUGUUGAUCCAUUCUCUUCGUGGUCCUCCCUUCUCUUCUCUCUCUCUAAUCGCAAAAAUCCGCUGGAGCUCAGCCGCCAUUAAUUGAUCUAGGCGACAAGAAAGGGGGUCGGAAGGUCGAGCGUAUGGACACGAUAGUGAAUCCGAAGUAUCGAGAAGGUGCACAUGAGCAAGCACCGUCGAUAUCGGAAGACGUUUCCGCGGAGCUAACCGAUAUACGCGAGCCAGUAAUGCCUGAGCCAGUGAAAAUAUUCCCUCCACCAGCUCCAGAUACACAAGCGAACAAUAAGACCAAAGCUUCCAUUUCAUCCCCCAGUUCUCCAGGUGAAACAAAGAAGGUUUUAACUGGCACGUCUGCAUCCGCUUCAUCUACCGCACCUACUAAGGUGGCUGCUGCAGUCGCGGCUAGCGGGUCAGGCGUCCCGUCGAAGAUAGCGUUAAGGCUACUACAAAUGUUGUUGUUCUUCCUUGUUUUUUUUUAGGUAAAAAGAGAUAAUUUCCACUUACAAAUUGCUUCUACAACUACUCAAUAACAAUAUCUUCUCCUAAUGUAGUAUGAUUUCAUUGCGUCUUGAGCUUGACAUCUUCAAUCCACCUCGUCUAAGCGACGAUAUUCGAGGAGAAUUGUGUGUACGCGUUAUUGGUGCGUCCAAUUUAGCGAAUGCUGACACUGCUGUUGGUUCAUUGUCGGACCCCUUUGCAGUGGUCACAGUAGCAACUGGUCCGAGCGGCCGUGAGGCCAGGAAACCACUUGUAUGGCGCAAAAUAUGUAUCCAUUUUUUUUUUCCAAGUUGAUAGAAAGUAUCAUCUGGCUUGACUUGUUAGGAGGUUGCUGGGGUCCGUCGCGGAAAUGAAAAUGAAAACGCCUAUGACGCGGUAACCAGCUUGAGCAACAUCUUCAGAAUGCCUUCUGUAGAGAAGUCGGUACUUCUCUAAUGGCCACAGAAAGAACGAUGCGGCAUCUGAAAUUCGAGAAGCGGACGACGCACACAAUAUCGGACUCUCAGUAUCCGGUUUGGGUUGGAGGUGGGAAAAACAAACCAUUCGAGUUCAAGUUUCCGAUCGACUGGCCAGCAGCAGAACUCCCGGAUGCGGUAUAGAAUCACUGUGAUUUUCUUGUAGUGCAGUCGAGACCUACUUCUGUGAGUCUACUAUGCAGUUCAUUCCCAUUUGAUAAUGAUAACAGAUCAACCAAUCUCCGCGAAUUUUCCACCUGCUGGAUUACAAAUCCUCUACAUCUCCUCAUCUACUUCAACACCCUCAACUAAACAUGAUUUAUAUGCCAUUACUAUUACAGUAAUACUUCUCCUCCACGUCCGCUUCAGUCAUUAGCCGAACUGUGCCGCGCUGUAGGAUCGAUACAUGUGGAGAUAUACGAUGGGGACCUCAUAGGGAGCGAGUUCGUUGGCGGUGCUGCCAUAGGUUUUUCCGGGAAAAAGGAAUUCCCGUCUGCAGGAUACACACAGAGGGUAAUCGCUGACCUUUCCGAUAACAACGGAAAAGCCAAGAGCCUCAGUAAUUCAAAUACAAAUUUCCUUUUUCAGGAAAUCUUCAACGAUUCUAUUGAUAGCUUUUUACAAUGGCGGGACAUCGAUGUUAUAUCUGUAAGCAAUGUUGAGGUAUUGUUAAAUAUUGCUGACAACUGAACUACGUAGUUAGAACAACUUCGUCAACUGAUUAUGAUACCUUCAAUACACGUUUCAUUAUAUUUAGAUCAUGACAAUCGCAAUCCCAUUUCCAAACAAAAACAAUAAAUUUCUUUGUAUCUGAUCUACAGAAAUCACGGGUCAAGUAGUUCUGGAAUGCACAUGGAAGCCAGUGGGGUUGGCUACCUCACCACCGCUGCUCCGUUCGGUGGCACUGGACAGCGCAGGCCUAUGUUGUCCAGCACUCCAGCAGCAUAACGUUCUAUGCGGAGAGCUCAAGGUAUUUUUUCUCAGUGGACGAAUGGACUGUGAUAUUAGCAUUUUUGGAAUUCCAUGACCAUGUUGAACAUUAUACGAAUUCGCAGUUGUGCCCAGUUUUUGUUUUUCCAGCAGAAGUAUGUUCUGUCUUGUUUUUACAAGUUGUACAACUUAUCUUCAAUCUACUAAAUGAAUCUUCAGUAUCAAUGAAUCGCCCGCCAGCUUGGUCCCUUUUCCAUCAGGUUUGGGUCAAGUCGGCAGCAAAAUUGGAGAGCUUUCGGAAGAUGUUUGGUGGCAGUAGCUGCGCGCCAUUCGUCAAGGUGCACGUACCUUGUGUUCCGACCUCAAUGUCAGCGGCCGGAAAGAGCUACCCCGACAAAGCUUCAACGUGGCAACUUCCGACAAAAUCAGUUAAGGCUAACUUCAUUUGUUCUGUGAACUACUAUUAUUACUGUACUAAUUUUUGAAUCUCGAACAUGUUGCAGCGCUUUGCCCGCUUUUAGUUGUCGGUGUAGUACGAAAUACUUUUUGUUGUUGUUCUUGACCUUGAAAAGGGUUUUUUUUCAUCAAUGGCUACAACAUGAAGACUACGUCUUCGUCACACUUCUACCCUCUAACUCGCGAACUAGUGCAGCGUGGGAUGCGGAGCACACUUUUUUUGUGAUGUGGAUCUCUUCAAGUGCUAUUGCAGAGCAUACCUGCACGAUCGAAGUUUUCCACGAAGCGCAGUACUUUUUAGACCAUUGAUAUUCUAUAUAUCAAACAAAAAGCAAUAUUUUUGGAUAGGUUGUCUAAAAGAUUUGGUCGACGUAAUAUGCUAUCCGUUUCCGCAGUGGACGAUCAUUUGAAGAUGGUCGUAGCUAGAGAUUUGUAGCAGCUGCGUGUAAUAUCAUGGACAUAGAGAUACAGAUAGAGAUGGAGUGGCCACGGCUUGCCUCUCAUCAUGCGCAAGACCAUUGGAAGAUCACUUCUAACUAUAACGCUCGCUAAUAUGUGAUCAGCCUUGCCACUUUUCUUUUUCUCAUAUCAACUUGAACAUCACCAGAAUGAGCUCUACGUUUUUGGGUGAGUUAACAUUUGCGCUGCCUACAGCGCGCAGUCCGCGGAAAGCUCUGGGAAACUCGACACUUCAGAAAAAUGCCGCAAAGCGUGCGGAAUCUGGAAAGCAGGGUGAAUUAGCAGUUGAUAUCGCAUUCGAGCCCUUCUUCAUCUAGAAGACGCAAAACUAUGUAAUACAGAUAUACAUAGCCUGCCACGAAAUUUCUAGUUCGCGUUUCAAACCUCAAUAUCCAUGUCUUCAUCGAGCGAAGGAGACAGUUGUUUUUUUAUCCCAGAUGAAUGACUAAGACUAGCAUUAGACAAUUAUUUUGAAUGUAAGUAUUAUCACAGUGAUUAUAGCUGAUGCUGAACCUGAAGCCAGAGUACCCAGAUUGUAGCCAUCUGAAAGAGAAUACCUACGAAAAUCAAAAACGAGAAUCUAGCUGUUGCUUUUUAUACGGCUGUUAGAAAUAAGCAUUAAAUUUCGAAAAAAGUGAAUGUCUAUGUCGUGAAAGGUUUUCGAUUGUCGCAGUUGUUUUUGUCAAUAAGCGCUGAGUCCUAUGAUAAAGAUGUUCUUUUUUGAUACACACAAAAAAGGAUUAUGAGAUCCAACUUUGUGGUUUCCAAUCAGCGGGACGGGAGGUCCAGGUCGAAGACUCGCAUGCAAAAACCAAGUCACUGGAUUGCGUCUAUAAUCCCGCAAUUACGAAGACACAGCUGGUUAUGGGUAUGUUGGCCACCUGAUUGUUCAUCAGGUUGAAUGAUAAUCGUACUGAUCUAGCUUGUUAUAAAUAUAUGUUUGUAAAUUCGUACAGUAGAUGAUGAAGAUAGAGGUUCUUGGCUCCUUAUUUUGAAUAAUCUAUCACCAGAGGAGUUUCAGGCUUGGAAUAUUUAUGUCACAGGUGAAGCUGAUGCUAAAGCUUGAUUGAAGUCAAUUACUUACGCAAGCAUGUUGGUAUGUUGCAGUACUCCGCCAAAAAAAUCUUUAAAAUUGUCAGACUUGUUUGCGCUUGUGUCAUUACGGAUCAAAUAGCAUCAGCCUCCUCGGGCUGAGCCGCCUCGGCAACCGCUUAUUAUCUGAAAGUAAG